AUGACCACUGCCACCACCAAUUCCACCGUACCCUUAUCUUCUCCGGCGGCCGAUUCUAGAAGCUCCGACAUGCCUCUUCUCACCGCCAUCGUUGCUUUAGUAACACUUAUUGCCAUACCCACCUUGAUCUAUGCUUUCUUUUUCGCUAUAAAGUGCCCUCCUAACCCUUUCGAGAGACUUGGCCGGCGGUCCGGCGGGAACGCCGGAGAGUUGACCCCGAGGGGUUCACAUAUGAAUAAAACGGAUUGGGCUUCGGUGGUGAAGUAUAUAAAGGAGGAUCACGGAAAAGAGAACGGCGGCGAAUGUCCGGUGUGUUUGUCGGCGUUUGUUGAAGGAGAAGAGAUUAGGCAGCUGAACGCAUGUAAACACUCUUUUCACUUUGCUUGCAUUGAUAUGUGGCUCUACUCUCACUCCAGUUGUCCAGUUUGCCGAGCUUCCAUCGCCGUCAAGCGUUCAAAACCGCCGGCGAUGGACGGGGAGGAAGAUUUCCGGCAAGGAUUGCCGGAUUCUGAUAGGUUGGUUUGA